CCGCGGGUAGGCGACUCGAGCUAACGCACCACAAAACGUUACCGUACACUGGUGAAAGAUGUCCGUGAAACACGCCCUCAGCAGAGGACUUGAGCUGGGGAGGUCGUUGCUUCAGCUGGGCCUCCUUAAACCUGCCGGCCGGGUCGCAGCGAAGUUCCGAGGCGAGCGUUUCCGUGUAGGCCAGCCGGGCCGCACCGUUCAGCCUCAGACUUUCCUGCCUUCCCGGUACCGAUACUACCGCACGUCGCUGAAGGGCGUCGCCGCUCAGCUGCAGCGCGGCGGUUUGCGGAGGUUUGGGGGCGGCCCACCAAGAAACAGGGCCGUGUUUUUGGCUUUUGGUCUCGGAGCGGUACUGACCGAACAGCAGCUCGAGGACGACGUGAGGAGUGCAGCAACAUGCCAGGAAAUCCAGACUUUCUUUAAGAAGAAGAAGUUCCAGACUCCUCCCAAGCCAUUUAUUUCUGGGUACAAGUUGGAGGACUUUGUUAUUGGAAAACAGAUUGGCAAAGGAUCCAAUGCGGCUGUGUAUGAGGCGGCUGCUCCAUUGGCCCUAUCCAAGGAAAGUGACAAGUGUUCUCUGGUGGAGUUGAGAGAGGAUGGAGAUAAAGAAGAGAAAGCUUCUUCUCUGAGAUGCUGCUCAUUUAAAAACUUCCCUCUGGCUAUCAAGAUGAUGUGGAACUUUGGGGUGGGGUCAUCAAGUGAGGCCAUAUUGAGAUCAAUGUCACAAGAGCUGGUGCCUUCUGGCCCACUCGCCUUAAAGCAGGAAAAAGAGCAAAUUACUCUGGAUGGACAAUUUGGAGUCCUACCCAAGAGGGUAUCAGCCCACCCUAAUGUUAUCCGAGUGUACCGGGCUUUCACCGCAGAUGUCCCCCUGUUACCAGGUGCCCAGGAGGAGUAUCCAGCUGUCCUACCUGCCAGACUCCACCCUGCUGGUCUUGGCAACAACCGUACUCUCUUCUUGGUCAUGAAGAACUAUCCCUACACGCUGUGCCAGUACCUGAAGGAAUCCACGCCAGGCCGAAGGGAGGCCUCUCUGAUGGUGCUGCAACUGCUGGAGGGGGUGGACCACCUGUACAGACAGGGUGUCGCUCACAGGGACCUCAAGUCAGACAAUGUGCUGCUGGAGUUUGACUCAGAUGGCUGCCCUCGCUUAGUGAUCAGUGACUUUGGCUGCUGCAUGGCACAGAAUGACUCCAGUCUACAACUGCCUUUCAACAGCAUGUUUGUCGAUAGAGGAGGGAACGCCUGCCUUAUGGCACCUGAGGUGGCGACUGCUGUUCCAGGACCUAGUGUGGUCAUUAACUAUAGCAAAGCAGAUGCCUGGGCGUUGGGUGCCAUCUCCUAUGAGAUAUUUGGUCAGCGAAACCCAUUCUAUGGAGAAGGGGGACUUGAGAGCAGGAAUUACCAAGAGAAGCAGCUUCCACCCCUGCCUGCCAGUGUUCCAGCUGAUGUGCAGCUUGUUAUCAGAUUGCUUCUCAGGAGGAACCCAAACAAGCGUCCCAGUGCUCGUGUAGCUGCUAACGUGCUGCAUAUCAGCCUCUGGGGACGGAAGGCCCUGGCCAAUCAGGACAGUGCUGGCAUGCGGAAGCUUGCUGAUUGGUUGCUGUGUCAGUCAGCCUUGGUUCUCCUAAGGGGCUGCAGCGGCGCCAGUGGGAACUCAGCAGAGACAGAGCUUCAGAGGUGCUUCCUCUCAAACCUGGACCUGGAGGAUCUUCGCACUGCUGUGGGCUUCCUCGUGUAUGGACAAGGACAGCAUCAAGUCCCAAACCUGUCUGCUUAGGUCUCCUGUGAGAAAUGGGUGGCGUUUUUGACAGGGCCACUUGGAGAGUUGUGGGGAAUCACAGACACCAGAAGAAUGUUUAUGGGCUACAGACAAGUCAUUGAUGGCAUCAGUAUACUUUCUGUGGAAGUGGUCAAUAAUGAAACCAUAAUUUAAAUUAUUUUCCUUUAGCAGAUACUUUUAUCCAAAACAACAUUGGAGAGUUAUCAGUUAGUUCAAUCAUGUUAGAGCACUGAAUAGUAAUCGUACCAUAGCCAACAAUGCAGUUCAUGUCAAAUGCAAUUAGUGAUAGUUUGCUAUAGGUAGAUCACCAACAGAAAGUGAUAAGGAAUUUAAAUUACAAAGUAGCUGAAAGUUAAUAAUGUCAAAAACUAGGGUUACAGCUGGGGGCUGUUUUUCCCAGUGGCAUACGAUAGUAAGUCAACCCUGGUGGUAUUAACUCCGUCAAUACCAGUUUGCUUUCAUUACCAAGUGAAAGUUUUUUCUAACAAGGUUAGAUAAAUAAAUGCAUGCAAUAAUCUGUCUGUUGCACUGAUCAAUAAUUUAUGAUAGUGUUAGAGUUGGUGACGUUGUCCAUCCGCAGGUUGUUGCAUGCUGUUAUCAAAUCAUAAAGUAACUUGUGGUCAAUUACAGUCUUGUGAGCAGAGACGCUUCCAAACAGAGUCAUGAUUGUGGAAUGGGAUUGGCAAAUCACAAUAUGGAAGGUCAAAGACACCCCCCCUCCCCCAUGGCAAAAGGUAGUAAUAUUGGUUAUCAAUGCUGGCAGCACCAAUAGAAAAUGGUACAAAUGAGAAAAGUCGACCACAUACAAAUGUAUGCUAAUUAUGACUUUAUACUUUAUCUCAAGAUGGUUACUACAGAGUUAUUAACAAAGGCAAUGAACAGGAAAAAGGCUAAUCCUGAUAUGUCAUACCAAUUGUAGAGACAGUAGUGCAACGGGAGACGGUGAUCCAGUUCAACCAGAAAACCUGGUCACUUUGCAGUGACUGAAGCAGUGUUUCUUUUGUUCCACAAAUGUGUCCUGCUAUAAAAUACAAACCAAAUUGCAAUUCCACAUUAAGUAUGCUUACGCAUUAACUGACCCUCAGUUUCAUAGACAAUUCAUAAGAAAUAAAUGGUUGCUAGGAUCUGUCCGUCCAAAGAAGUUGAGCCAAUUUGUCUGAUUGCCAUGUAGUCUGCCUAACAUAAUAUAAGAAUAACAACACUAAUAAUAUUUAAUCAUUAAAUGUAUAUAGUGCUUUUCUAGACACCCAAAGCACUUCACAUUGAAGGGGGUAACCAACCACCACCAAUGCACGGCAGCCAUUUUACAUCAGAACGCUCACCCCACAUCAGCUUGAGGUGGAGAGGGAGGAAUCAUUGAGCCAAUUACAUGGGGGGGGUGAUUAGGUGGCCAGAUGGAGAAAGCCAGGUUGGGAAUUUUUGCCAGGCCACAUGCAGAUGUAAAAAGAGCCUGCAUGUUUCUACGCAAUGAGCACAGUAACGGUAUAGAAAAUGCAGAAUAUUAAAUUUAAGGUUUGUUGUUUUGUUUUGCUUUCUUGCCGUGGUUUGCACUUUAUACCCAGUUUGUACUUAAUCCGUGUCAUCCCCAUAAAUUACGAAUGUGUAUUCAUUUCCAUCUCACUGUAACUGGUCUCUUAUUUGUAAGUAUUGAAAAUUAGUUUCAUCCCAGUUCGUGUUGUAUUCAGACAAUGACAUUUACAUUGUUUUCACUGAAAAUGAUGACUUGGUCGUCCUCCACUGUGUGUUAACAGUAAUAUUGUGACUUUAAAAUAGCAUGCAUCACAUCAAGUUGCAGACAUAAAGCACUAUGUUUGAAUUAAGUCACUCUUGCUGUUUAAAUAUGACAUCAAUGAAUAACUUCUCAGAAUGGCAAAGCUAUGAUACAGAAUGUUUAUUCUGGUGUGAUGCAAACGAGGUUCAGCAAUAAUUUGCAUAUGAAGAAUGUUUUUGAUGCUGUGUUGCCAUAUUAAAAGGAUUUGUUUC